AUGGACUGCCUCAAGCGCGUGUUCGAGGACGAGGACGUCGCCAAGUUCGAGCGCAUCAUCGAGAAGGGCUAUAAUGUCGUGGUCAUGGGCAGCAUCAUCAGCACGAUCGAGACGCAGCUGAUAGGCAUUGACAGGGACAGGUCCAUGACCAGGGACAUGCGUCGGCGCAGGCUCUACUUGGUGUUCGACAACACGGACAUGGAGAGGACCGGGCGGAACCUCGGCUGCCUGGACACGAACCUGAACGAGAACGGCGGCAUGGCCAAGCACGAGCACAACAACUUCAAGUGGAACACGGUCGUCUGCCCCUACUGGGCGAAGAUGAAGAUGGCGACCAAGUACCCGUACGAGUGCUAUAUCUACUGCCCCGGCAACGGCGUGGUCGACGGCCCGAGCGUGGAGGUGGACAUGAGCGAGUACGAGAACAUCGUCAGCAAUACGCUCGAGGGCCUGUUCGUGAGCUACGUCGUGCUCAACUGCGCGAACAUCUCCGAGAACAAGACGUGGCUCACGCCCCCCAACUUCAACGCCCCGACGGACGAGGUCAUGUCCUCGACCAUCGACAGGAAGCUCCUCUACGUCCAGAACACCGACAGGCACGAGCUCAUGGAGAGGGUCAUACACGUGUAG